UAUGCGGGUUGGUGAUUUUUCAUGUCAUUCAUGAAAAAUGCGCAGCUUGGUAAAAUUACAGUUUAAUAAUUAACAAUAUAUAAUGCAAUAAAUAGCAUGACUAAAUGCAUAUAGCCUACUAUAGGAACUAUUCAGAGAAAUGCUUUAUUUAGAUAACUGCAAAUCCUCUCAAAUAGCCACUUAAAGAAGUUCAGUUUAGGAGAAAAGGAACCUUAUCAGUCUAACUGCACUUGUAGACAUUUAAAUAACCUCCGCAGAUGCUUAUCCCGAUUGCUGGUGUUAACAUGUCAGUUCACCUCUCCUAAAUCCUAAAGGUAUCUCAAUACUGCUGCUUCUCGCCGAAUAGCAAGGGGGUGUGGUCACGGAUGCGAUCACUCUAGUUUCAUUCAUAAAACUUGCCACGAUCUGCCUUUCCACAAUCUCAAACUGCACUCGUCGAAUCAACGGAUGGAUACAUGGUAACGGCGUCUUAGUUAAGAGGCAAUAUCAUCGAAACAAAGCGGCAAGAAUCCCUCUGCGUACAUCAGACCGGCUUCGGACCCAGCUACAGCAUCAUGCCCUCGAUCACAUGCGAAUACCCCCUGUUGUUUUUGUUUUGCAUCUUCAUGGAUAGCUGUCAGUCGUUUAGUAAUGAUGCUACGGAAAUCGUGAAUUCCCACUUGGAUUUCUCAGCCCUGGACACUCCGAAUAAUACUUCUUUCAAUCGAGCCCGUAACGGAGGAAAACGCUUGGGCAGCACAGAGAGAAGUGAGCGGAGCCAGGUUGGAUGCAGGGAGCUCCGGUCUACCAAAUACAUCUCGGACGGCAUGUGCACCAGCCUGAGCCCGGUGAAGGAGCUUGUGUGUGCUGGCGAGUGCCUCCCACCCCACAUGGUCCCUAACUGGAUCGGCGGCUACGUUGGUAAGUUCUGGGCCCGGAGGGAAGGCCAGAGCUGGAAGUGCGUGAACGACCGCACGCGCACCCAGCGCAUCCGACUGCAGUGCCAGGACGGCAGCACCAGGACCUACAAGAUCACGGCGGUCACCUCCUGCAAGUGCAAGCGUUGCUCCCGGCAACACAACGACUCCGGUCACAAUCCGGAAAAGGGGCCAGCCCACGUGCGACCCCACGAGCCCAAGAGCAAGCCCCUGAAACCCAAGGGGAGGAACCCUGGGGAGACCAAGAAGAAAAUGACACCUAGAGUGGAGCGUGAUUAAUGUGCCAUGGACCUGAUCUGAGUGCGUUCAAGCACUGCCUGUGUGUGCCUGUGUGUGUGUGUGUGUGUGUGUGUGUGUGUGUGUGUGUGUGAGAGAGAGAGAGAGGUAGCAUCUCGGUAUGUACAGUGCUCAUUCUCCGAACUGACAUCAUGAAUUGAUUGAAUGUUUUCCUGUCCUCUCAAACUGAAAAGGAAUACAUCAACUGUAAACCUGACAUAACAGAUGUAUAAAGGAUUUAUCUUUGUAUAAUGCCAAAAUUAUGAAUUGCUUGAAUAUAUUGACAAAAAUUAUUUUGCAAUAAUUUGUUUUUUUUAGAUGAAAAAAGGAAGAAAAAAAACUUUGCUUCGAUUUUUUUAACUUUCGUCUGUGACAGUAACACAAUUGGACAAAGUUUAAAUGGACAUUUAAAGAAUGGGUCUGGCUAUAGGCCUGUAUCUAAUCCUUUAAUUUUAUUGUCUGUUUUAUCCUAUCAGUUUGUAUUUGCAUUUGGAUCGUUUUGCAGCUGAUUCAUGUAGGCACUUAGUGUUUAAAAACACAGCUAAGACUAGAUUUCCUUAUAAUGUACCUUUUUAUGAUGCAAUGUAGAACAACUGUCGACUAUUGAAAUAUACAUUUUGCUUAUUUUGCUCAUUUCAAUAAAAAAUUAAAAACUGGAGA